AGGGCAGGAGGAUGGAUCCGAAAAACAGCGCCAGGGAAACUGUUCUCAUAACAGGAGGAGGUGGUUAUUUUGGUUUCCGUUUAGGUUGUACUCUGCACAGGAUGGGAGUGGACAUCAUCCUGUUCGAUGUCCAGAAUCCCCCUCAAGAAGUCCCUAAGGGGAUGAAGUUCAUUCAGGGGAACAUCUGCCACCUCUCCGAGGUCGAGGAAGCCUUCCAAGGAGUCAGCUGCGUCUUCCACAUCGCUUCCUACGGCAUGUCCGGGCGGGAGCAGCUGGACCGGAAGCUGAUCGAAGAAGUCAACGUGAAAGGGACGGAGAAUGUGAUCCGGGCCUGCAGGAGGAGGGCGGUUCCGAGGAUGGUGUACACGAGCACCUACAACGUGGUGUUUGGGGGCCAGGUUAUAGAAAACGGGGAUGAGUCUCUGCCCUAUCUACCUCUCCACCUCCACCCCGAUCACUACUCACGCACCAAGUCGGUGGCCGAGAAGAAGGUGCUGGAGGCGAACGGCUCGGCCCUGGAAGGCGGGGAGGGCGUCCUGCGAACCUGCGCCCUGCGGUCGGCCGGAAUCUACGGGCCCGGGGAGCGGAGGAACCUCCCCAGGGUGGUGAGCUACAUCGAGAAGGGACUCUUCAAGUUCGUGUACGGGGACCCGAGGAGCUUGGUGGAGUUCGUGCACGUGGACAACCUGGUUCAGGCUCACAUCCUGGCCUCGGAGGCGCUGAAGGCCGACAAGGAGCACGUGGCCUCCGGCCAGCCCUACUUCAUCUCGGACGGCAGACCGGUCAACAACUUCGAGUUCUUCCGUCCUCUGGUGGAGGGCUUAGGUUACCCUUUCCCGACCCUACGCCUGCCCCUGUCUCUCAUCUACUCCCUCGCCUUCUUGACGGAGAUGGUCUACUUCCUCGUGGGCCGCCUCUACAACUUCCAGCCUUUCCUCACCCGCACCGAGGUGUACAAAACCGGGGUGACCCACUACUUCAGCCUGGAGAAGGCCAGGAGAGAGCUGGGGUACGAGGCCCAGGCCUUCGACUUCCGAGAAGUAGUGGAGUGGUUUAAAGCCCAGGGGCAUGGCAGGAAGCUCAAGGGAUUUUCCUUUCGAAGAGGGUUGCUGCCCGAGAGCACUUUUUUCAGCUGGACCGCCCACUCACUUGAAAUGGACUAAAAAACGGACUGAAAGCUUGAACCCCUCAGAGGCGACAGGGAGCAGCACCAGGUGCGACCUUGAACCUACACAGGGUUUGCAGAAAUUCCAGAGAAAGAGAGUGGCCAACCCAAUUCCUCACCCGGCAGCCGUCGGAAGAAGAAGUGGCCAUUUCCACGACGUUAGCCUUGUAUAACUGCCUGGAUGCAGGGCCCUGGCUUUUGCCCACCUCCCCUCCAGAGCUUUUACUGGGCUCCUUCUCGCUUUUACCCCCAGAGCCCAACUUUUGAGUGGUUUUUGAGGCUCUAGAACUUGGGGGAUGAUGGUGUUUCUCAAAGCAGGGGAGAGAGAGAGCUCCACAGAGAAGUUUAAAAGGGGUUUAUGGAGAUGAGAUUUGAGGGAGACCUGAUAAGUGUCUCUAUCUUCUGCUUCUCUCUUCAUCUCCCUCCCUAUAAUUGCAGAGAGUCAAGCACUUGACCAGCCUCACAGUUGCGGGUUGUUGUUUUUAAUAAGCCUUUGAUCAUUUCCUUCUCACAAUGGCCAAUAUCCUAGCAAUGAUGCUUCUGGCAGCCGUCAGCACUGAUUACCACCAGAAGUUAAGCACUGAGAUUUAGGCUGUAUAUUCCAUUGUGGUUUUUGUUUAUUUUUUUAAACUUUUCCAACUGUUUUGCCCCUAUAUAACUAACUCCUUUCAGUCCCUGGACCAAUUGCCCCAACUCUCUGGUUUCCUACGGGUUCCAGUGGCUACUAUUGGGCAAUAGCAGGGAUGGCCACCUCCCUAAACAUUUCCAUCCUUACCUGCAGGGUGCCGGGAACUUACAUUCCUCCAGGGAAGAUGGAUUUUCUCAGGGAGAAAUCAACACUAGUGCAGAACACUAUCCCAAAGGGGUGGCCAUGCCCACUGAGGUCAUUCUGUCCCUGUCAGGGCAGCCAACUGCUGAAUUAAAAAUGGUAAGCACAAAAAUUCCUGACUUUCAAACCUGUAGCAGGCAUUCUAAAAGCAUGAGGCAGAGGUGAGUGUGUAUGUGGGAACAAUAGGGAGAUGCCUGUCAAACUCUGUAAAACUUUUUCCCAGCCACAGCAUCUGACAUCCAGGUGUCUGCUGUCUCAGUGAAGAGACUGUGGUGUCGAUGGCCCUGGCAUCCUUCCUGCGUGACCUGGCGACUGCCUGGUUUUCUGGGCCUCCCGAUUGUUUUUUGGGACAUGGCCAAUUUUAAGUGGUUUUUACAGCCCGUCUGUGAAUUUACGCGUAGUUGGUUACCUUGACCAUGUAUCUUGACCAGCAGGGGAUUUAAGGCACAAAACACUAUGUUUGUCCCCAUAAUGUUCCAUUUUUGUGUGCAUUCUAGAGAUGUGGGGAAUGGUGAAAGGUUUGAGGGACAGCUACUUGAGCCCUAAACAUUGCUGGGUGCUUACAUUCCUAAGGGACCCUUAAACGGCAGUCCGUUUCUUCUUCGGUUUUUUGACUCUUC